AUGCCUCAACCAAAGGAAAAAACAGCAAGUGCACUACAAUUGAUCCAUGAAUCGACAUCAGGGGAAACAUCACUGGCGACUCAAGCUUCUGAUCAGCAAGUUGCCGUUGAUGGAGAGAAGGCUUCUAAUCGAUCGCCUAAGCAAAUUGCAGUGGAUGUUUCGAUUGAUGAAGCACCUUCAAGUCAACGAGCUGCUCAACAAACCCUAGCUGUGCAACAAACCCUCGCGGCCAACCCUGAUGUUGUUGCUGCAACAGAGAACCAUCCCUCUCUUGAAGUCUUAAAGGUUGUUGCUGGCAGCGAAGAACUAGCAACAUCUCCAGAGGAGGAAAAUCGGCAAGAAUCCUGUGUAAUAGAGCCCUCGAACUACGGUUGCAAGAGAAUCACGCGCAAUUGGCGCAAUCAUUACCUUCUGAUCCGGAUUUCUUAA